CAAACGACUUAUUGACGAGAUCAAGCAAAACUAACUGCGAGAGAACAACUGGAGAACUAACAAUUUGACUAACAAUAGACGACUGUUUAACUGCGACAAUAGACGGAUCGAAACGCACCAAUCGCUGAUUACGAGUCUUCAUAGCCAAUAACAUCACGGCUUAACUGAUAGACGACCAAUAACAUCACGACAUAAUUGACCAAUCAGAUCAAUAACCAGAGGAUAAUACCAUCAACUGACGUGAUACAACUCACUUUGACUCUGAAGAUGACUACCGCACAGGUUGUCGAAACGUCAGUCACUGUCAACAACAACAGUCCUAUUCAGGACUACGUUCACCCGGACGAUCAAACUCAACCUAGCUUUUAUCUGUUAAUUUUUUCAGCUAAAAAUAAAACAGUCAGCACAAUCACAUUUAACUUCUUGCGAGAUUAAGGGAGAUCUCGAACGUUAUUUCUGUUGGCGUAGAAAGGAAAAAGUUUUCGAAAAGACGGCAACACGAUGUUCUACUCGUUUUAUUAUUUUGGCUAGGCGCGCUCGAAUUUAAAAUACUGAAAUUUCUAGUUUUCUGUUACCUGUAUAUUUUCCUCGGUAAUUUUCCUCGAUUUUCAGUACAUGAAUCUUUAAAAACAAAAGUAAACAGCCAACGAGCGAGGACACCAGUUUUCCUGGUUUAUAUUUUACAAAAAGCGAAGGCAAACAACCAGUCUGUUAUCUUAACCUACCAGCUUUUAUAAUAUUAAAUGCCUACAAAAAUUCCUUGAAGAGCGAUGCGAUAUUUUUCGUCUAAUAUUUCACAGUCGGCGAUUGAGGUUUCUUGCGCAGUGAGCCUCAGCUUGCGUACCCAGUUCAGAGACGUCAUUCCCGGCUAAACUUUCAGAUGAAACCAGUUUUAAGAUGGACAGUAGUUUUAUUUGCACUCGUUUGUUGGUAAAUCAAAAGGCAACUUGUUAGCGGUCAACAACUUGCAGAGGGAUUCAACUCCGCGAUACACUCACAUUAGUUCCGUAAAUAAAGCAAAUCCUGAGAAGAUAUGAACAACCAUAUGAAUUUUCUGAAUUUCCGUGGCACAUGUUAAGGCAUAUUUUCCUACCAUAAGACCAUACAACAAUAAAAAAGACAGCAAAGUCGAUCCGUCUCUCCGCCGACGACGGAUCAUUCACGAAAACAACCACGCGAGGAAUAAGCGCUUUCAACUUCCGUCUUUUCCGGCAGCCAAUCAGAUCUUGUGGCAUUGUUCUAACAGCCAAUCAGCUUUACGGCCAAAAUCUGGCCGUAACGAGCACAAAUGUGAGAGAGUUUGUAUCAGGCCCAAUUUUAGCGGUAGUCGUUAGAGAGAAAGUAUGAGAACCACUAAGAUUGGGCCUGAUCUCAGGUUAGAACGCUUGCGCUAAGUGGUACGGUGCCCACCUUUUCACAUUUGGUUAACUUUGUCGAAGAGCUAUAUUGGCGAACACGAUGUAUGGGGAGUUAGUUGGGUCAACACCGGAUAUUGAUCAAGAUGCAAAGUCAGUGUCGAAAAGGAAGAAACCGUCCAGCCUGCUCGCCAUGGGAGGUACCAUUUCCACGCAGUGAAGACUGGAGCACAAUGGGCAUUUAGAGGCAAAGAAAUGUACCUUGGGCUGAGCUUCUUCUCCGACGUCCACGCUCUGAGGCCAUAUCGGUGGGGUUUGAACUGCUGCCCACAUGUAUCUACUGUCGAGGAGAAGAUGGGGUGGAUACUCGUCCAAGAGAAUUUUUGUUGGCUACUGUUUAUGGCACGUUUACGACACUUAGGAACCUUAGGAAACAAGAACGCUCUAAAAGCGUGAAGUCUCGCUUGCUUCGAGAUAGAUAAGAAGUGAGGAGGCGAUUUAGUGUACACGAAGCAAGAUUUCCUUGCUAAAGUUUUUCACUUCCUUCCUUAUCGACGGUCGAGUUUUCUUCAAGAGAGGUCAAGGGAUCGGAGAGAGAGAGAACGGAAAUGUGGCUUUUUCCUCUGGAAAAAGAAGGAAGACUGGCCUGGGCAUCCCAUUCAGUUGCCGGAAUUGUCUGGCGAACACAAAGAGCUUAAGCCGAAUGUUGGUCAAGCAAAUGUGAUCGUCUGUGAUGAGAGUUUUGCGGCGAGGUUCUCCCGUUAUUCCUCAUGGGAUAGCCUUAGAAAGGCAAUUGCCUGGUUGCUACGUUUGAAGAACUACUUGUCCAGUUAUGUUACGAGGUUUCCAGGCAUUGUUAUUGGAGGGCCUUUGUCUGUCGCUGGAAUUGGUGUCACGGAAAGUUGCCUUGUCAGAAUUGUUCAAAGGGAAGCGACUCAAGAACGCUCAGAUGUCAUUUGAAUCAAUGCAUCCCAUCAUCUUGCCAACGUAACCCCGUAACCAGGUUGUUGGCCCAAACCUAUCAUCGGAUUCAAGGUCAUUCUGGUCCCUCUCAAGUGCUAGCUUCAAUCAGGCAGAGGGUCUGGGUGAUUCGGGGUCUUUCGGUCGUGCGCCGUAUCUUGGCAGGCUGCAUGAAAUAUUGGAAGCGGAAUGCUCAUCCUGGUGAACAGAUAAUGGCUCCAUUACCUGAAGCAAGAGUUUCACAGUCCACCGUUUACCCGAGUAGGGCGUCGACUACUUUGGUCUCCUCUACGUCAAGCAAGGGCGUAAUCAAGUCAAACGCUAUGACUUUUUGUUCACAUGUAUAACAAUGAGGGUCGUUUACAUUGAAGUUGCGCACACCUUGGAAGCAGAUUCGUUUAUUUGCGCCUAUCAACGUUUUACAAGUCGUUGAGGCAAACCUCGGGAGAUAAACAGCGACGAUGGCACCAAUUUUACCGGCGCUGAUAGACAGUUGAGAGAAGCUCUGGGGCAUUUGGAUCAGGCGAAAAUCUACAACAGUCUCAGAAGAGACGACGUCCAAUGGUCGUUUAAUCCGCUGGAGGCCAGUCAUCGUGGAGGAAUUUGUGAACGUAUGAUCCAAUCUAUUGGGAAAAUUCUGAGAGCCUUGUUAAGGGAGCAGCUGGUUAGUGCCAAAACCUUUUACAUUUGACUCUGUGAAGUAGAGAGGAUAUUCAAUGACACGCCCUCGGUGAUCACCCAGGAGACCCAGAGCCGCUAACUCCCAGCAAUCUCUUGCUUCUUAGGGUUCACAGUUGCCUUCCUCUGGAUGUCUUCACGAACCAAGGCAAGUACAAUAAGCGUUGGCGCCAGGAGUAGUGCCUGGCUAAUGCAUUCUGGAAAAGAUGGAUGAGGAAAGUAUCUUCCUUCGCUUCAGGCAAGGCAGAAGUGGUUCUUCAAACGGCGAAACGUCGCUGUAGGGGAUCUGGUCCUUGUAGUCGACGAGAAAACGCCGCGAGGGCGUUGGCCAAUGGCUCUUAUCGUGGAGGUUUCCCCUGAUGGCAAUGGGCAGGUACGAAGCGUGAUGGUGAAGACGGCCUCAUCUGUUUGCAAACGAGACAUCAGGAAGUUAUGUCUCCUCGAGGGAGUUCAAGAAUCAGAAACAUGUUAAACUGAAGGGAACUUAUAACUUUUCCGAGUGCUAGGAACGUGAGCUGCGUAAAUUAAAGCUUAUUUAAAUGUUGCGUCAUUUGUAAUUGGCUGGUCGCCAAUUCGGGGCUGGUAUGUUUCCACUGAUUUCGGACCAGCGGUUUCGUCGGCUUAAUUUAAGUUUCAGGUUACUUAUACAGCUGUUUAGUGUAACGUUCUCGACUGUUAUUCGAGAAUUGCUUGUAUGCUGUUAUCGUAGUUUAUGUAUUGCCGUUCAGUGUUCGGAUUUAUCUUCACCGUCAGGUGUGUAUGUGUGUGUGUGUAUGUGCGUGUUGGUUUUAUUUCCUUUAUUUUUUUUAGUUUUUCUCGGUGUACCUUUCUUUGUUUUGUAUUUAUCAUUCAGUUAGAUUACGUAUAGCUUACUGUCAGUUUAAUUAUUGACAAUAGAAACCUCUACACGAGUAAACAGUAAAUUGAAAUUCAUUCGAAUGGAGUAAAGAAGUUCAUUUGUUCUGAGCGUGAUUUACAUGCAGUUUGCACGAAGCUGCGGAACUCAAGACAAUAUAUUUUCAAUAGAAAACGCUGCAAUUUGUGGGAGAGUGGUUGGAGAGGAAUCACCUAUCAAAAUUGAAGUCUAUAUUCCAUACAUUCUGUCUUACGUGGUGGCGACAAUUUAUUUAAAAGGCGAAAGGGAAAUAGAGCGUGAUCUGAUCUGAUUCACAGGUUUGCUCCGACAUGGUCCUUGCCACUAGACGCGACAUUUUCAAGAGCUGUAGUUGCUAAGUGUAUUUCGAAAUAAACCGGAAACCUCUACAGAGUGAUAAAUUCCCUAUUCCCUAUUCCUAGGCGUUAAAGUGAAAGACAAGUUUCCUUCGUAACGUCCAUCUCCUGCCGCUUAACCGGGUUUCGCAACUCUACUUCUCGACGAAGGAAAUCAGCUCUUGCCUCUCUCGAUUUAAUACUUGCGCGCGAACUACAAUUGUAGCCUCCGAACUCUUAGGGCCAAAUAUUUAAACGAAGUCUGACUUAAGCCGCGGUUUAAUGAAUCUUUGAACCUCCAGAUCUCUUCUUUGGUGGGUUGUUUUAAGAAGAUAAAUGCUUUUCUAGUCUUCUCUAUAUGCUUUCAUAAAACUGUUCACAAUAAAUGACGUUUAGAUCGUUGGGCAAAUUGAAAAUGACUUAGAACGCGGUUUUGUUAAACACUGGCUAAACUACGUUUAAAUAUUUGGCCCUUAGACUUUCUACUCGUAUUUGACACGGUUGGACCCACUUGUGAACACGUAACAAACAUUUCAUCGUCGUCAACUUUAUGCGGUGAAAAUUACCUCAAAAUGGAAAUGUAGGUGCUCUACAUGACAGUAAAUUGCAAAAUCAGGUUUCUAGUCUGCUACCACUUACGGUGAACACACAGAAAGUGCACUUCGCCUGCUAAAUUUAUUAAACGUUCUUACGGGACAUAAUUUUUAUCGAUUUCAGAUUCACGUACCUCUGGCAUAAAGGCCUCCUGCCAAAGCUGUUCUCAAACUAUUUUCAAUAUGCCAGUAAUGUCCACAAUUACGAUACCAGAUAUACAUCGAAACAGAAUCUUUACGUAAAAAAAGUGCGAACUAAUACGGGGAAACAAACAAUCGGAUAUGCUGCAUGUUCCGUCUGGGACCAAAUUCCCUUAACUUUUGAAGAACUAAACACAUACCAAUUCCAAAAACAAUUGAAACCUUAUUUGCUGUCAGAACAACAUAGUUAACAUAACUUAAGCAUAUACUCUUUCUUUCUUAAUACAAUACCAAUUACAAUACCAGAUAUACAUCGAAACAGAAUCUUUACGUAAAAAAAGUGCGAACUAAUACAGGGAAACAAACAAUCGGAUAUGCUGCAUGUUCCGUCUGGGACCAAAUUCCCUUAACUCUUAAAGAACUAAACACAUACCAAUUCCAAAAACAAUUGAAACCUUAUUUGCUGUCAGAACAACAUAGUUAACAUAACUUAAGCAUAUACUCUUUCUUUCUUAAUACAAUACCAAUUACAAUACCAGAUAUACAUCGAAACAGAAUCUUUACGUAAAAAAAGUGCGAACUAAUACGGGGAAACAAACAAUCGGAUAUGCUGCAUGUUCCGUCUGGGACCAAAUUCCCUUAACUUUUGAAGAACUAAACACAUACCAAUUCCAAAAACAAUUGAAACCUUAUUUGCUGUCAGAACAACAUAGUUAACACAACUUAAGCAUAUACUCUUUCUUUCUUAAUACAAUACCAAUUACAAUACCAGAUAUACAUCGAAACAGAAUCUUUACGUAAAAAAAGUGCGAACUAAUACGGGGAAACAAACAAUCGGAUAUGCUGCAUGUUCCGUCUGGGACCAAAUUCCCUUAACUCUUAAAGAACUAAACACAUACCAAUUCCAAAAACAAUUGAAACCUUAUUUGCUGUCAGAACAACAUAGUUAACACAACUUAAGCAUAUACUCUUUCUUUCUUAAUACAUUGUAUUUUAAAACUGCUUCUUUGGAAAUAAAUUCUAUCUCAAUUCUCUAAAACUUUAAAUUCGGGAGAACUGGCUAGAAAAUCUUAGGAUUAUUUCAGCUCCAGGCCUUAUUAAGUACAAAUAUAUAUAUAUAUAUAUAUAUAUAUAUAUAUAUUUAUUAAAAACUGAAUCAUUGGAUAAUGCAAUUCUAGCAUUUUGAUUGGCGUAGCCGUUAUGGUAUAUGAGCUGAUAUACCAUGUUCUCCAUAUAUGGUCGGUGUACGCGUCAGUUUAAAAUUGGAAGCUAGCUGAGAUUUUUUUUCGCGAAGGAUAGAACGGCGCCCGAAGCAAAUCGUUUUAAUUCAUUUCUUAGAAUACUAGAAAUGCAAUUUCAACGAAAGAAAAAAGACAAAAACAAACAAAAAAGCCACAAGAGCUUGUUUGAAAGUUUGACGAAAAACACAUGAAAACACAUGGAACUAAAGUACCUUGACCAGCUACGAAAGAAGACAAGUGUUGUUUCUUCAUGAUCGCGAACCCAUUCGCCGAUCGAGUCACUCACCGAUAGAUAACUGCAGCUUGUUUUUCCGACAUCAAGAAUAUAAAUCACAAGUAACCAGCUACAAAUACAGGCUAUGCAGCCAUUCACUAGAGCAAUCGAGGCGGCAGUAUAGCUUCUUUUCUCGUUCAGCAAAACCAGCUUGUGGCUUCAAACAACUUCAUAACAAGCGACCGAGGUAAUACCGGUAGUUUUUCUCCGUUGUUCUUACUUUUAUAACUGCACCGAAAAUCCAAAUUCAUAGUAAUUUCGAUGGCUGUCACCUAAAAAUUCCUUUCCUUCACAUUAUCUGCCAGGUUUUUUAAGCUGUUCUGCUGUGUAAAAUCCUAGAAUCACGAUGAGUUUUUAAAAAACUAAUGUUCAUCGCUACAAUGUUUUGAUUUUCGCGCGUUGACAGUUUUGAUAGACGUGUGACAUGUGAAUAGCGGAAGUCCCUUGUCUUUUCCGGUUUGUUCUAGUCGGGGCGAUUCAACGAGAUUUUGUGGGCGUUUUUAAUAAAACAAUUAUUCCACUCGGGCUUGUUGGAUAUGAACUGAUUAUAGCCAACUCGGCGCUAUGCGCCUCGUUGGCUAUCUAUCAUCUCAUAUCCAACGCGCCCUCGUGGAAUAAUUGUUAAAUAUAUAUAUAUAUAUAUAUAUAUAUAUAUUUUUUUUCUCUUUCAUGUAUGUAAUUAAGUACAAGGGGAAUAAACGUAUUGUUGUUGUUGUUGCUAGUUUGCAGAGUAUAUGCUGUUACGAUUUUGGACGCUUGCUUUAUGAAUGAACGUUUGAUUGCACAGUGAGAAAUAUAAAAUAAUUCCCAACCUCGUCCCCAGAGCGUUUCCCUAAAAAAAUGGGAGCGGCCCCUCCCAUUUUUUUUAGGGAAAAACCCUGGGGACGAGGUUGAAUGAUUCCACCUUUCCGUUACAAUGUUCCAGGUUAAGCUGUUUUGUGCAAGUUAAACCGUUGCAAGCGGGUUCAGUGUUACUUUUUAAAAAUUACCGGUGUCACGUCACAUUACCUCAAAUCUCUAUAAGCCGGACAGCUCUCUAAGAUGGACAGCAAGCUCAUUCUCUCUAGUGGACGGUCAGGGCCGGUCCCGAAGGUGUCCGUCUUAGAGAGAGUUGACUGUAUGCUAAAGCUGAAUUGCGUUUCUUGCCAGAGCUGCCACAUGCGUUGGAAACAUUUUCCUGCUAUGUCAAAAAGCUUGCUGUCUAUAAAGCGUCUCUGGUAUGCAUCAACAUUCAUUUUGACAGCUUUGGUGUAAUAAUCUGUCAUAAUCUCGUUAUCAGUCCGGGAGAAAUUUUGACACCUAUUUCAGUGUGAGGUUUUCACGGCAGUACUGUUCCGUAACAGAACAUUACAGCUGUGUUAUUAGGCUCACAAAAAAUAUGUUCAACGUCAGUGUGAGUUCCACAAACUGAACCCUGGUUAAAGCACUUUAUUCCCUGAAUACUGCUUCCUGUACUUGCUCCAAAAAUGUCACUUUAAAUAUACAGUGUACGUGUCCUUGUACUUGUACUUGUACGUUGAAGAACUGUUUGCUCUUGCAGAAAAACAACAACAAAAAAAUGGCGCCUAGCUCUACCAUGUGCUCUCCGGUCACAUGACUAUCAUGUGACCGGAAGUGCGAACCAAAACGCAGAUAUGCAAAUAAAAACAAAAAAAAAGGGGGAAAAAUAAAACAAAUAGAAUAAAAUAAACUGACGACGGUCGGUAGUUACACCGGCCCCUAAAUGAGAAUGCACCGACAGCAAUCUCAUUUACAAACAUAAGCUACCGACUACAACUAAACACAACGUUAUAAAGGAAUGAUUAGAAUCACUGUUCAUGACUAUCAAAGCCAAUGUUCAUAUCAACGUUCAUUAAAUCAUCUCCUUGCACUGCUGCAAAGUCACUUAAACUGGUCCUACUCUAUCGGCCACUCCAUCCAUCUCCAGAAAACAUAACUUUGUAACUGGGCGUGUAAGUAUGGUGGUACUGGCUGCGGUCACAGGUUCUCUUCUGUACCGUCGUUUGGCACAUGUUGCUACUGUUGCACUUGUCUUCACCUUCGCUGCGCGCACCCACCCAUCGCGGCUCGCAAUAACUUCCACAACUCUUCCAAGCGGCCACUUCCCUCUGGAAAAGGUUUCGUCUGCUACAAGCACCAAGUCACCAAUUUGUAAAUUCCUUUUGGCUCAGUCCACUUCUUCCUGUCUAACAGAGUGGGCAGGUACUCCCUCGUCCACCUACGCCAGAACAAAUUGGCAAGAUACUGCGCUUGCCUCCAAGCACGUCUGCAGGUGAGGUCGUCCUUGUCGAAGACCCCUGGAGGUACACUUGGGCACGGGCGCAGAUGCAACAAAUGAUUAGGGGUUAAUGGUUGCUCGUCUAAAGGACUGUCGCUAUUUCUUGAGAGGGGUCUGGAAUUGAGAAUAUUCGUCACCUCUGCCAAAACGGUUGAGAGGACCUCAUCGGAGACUACCUGCUCCUUCAACAUCGCUCGCAAGAUCUGGCGCACGGAACGUAUCAUCCGCUCCCAGCUGCCGCCCAUGUGGCUCGCCGCUGGUGGAUUGAAAAUCCAUUCUAUCAUCUUCUGUCCACAAAAACUGUUGAUCUUCUGCUGAUUCCAUCCCUCUAUGGCUUCCUUUAACUCCCUUUCUGCGCUAGUAAAGUUUGUACCUCGAUCACUUCUUAUCUGCUCAGGACAACCACGAAUACUGAUGAAUCUUCUGAGUGCAUUUAUCAUUGAGUCAGUGUCCAAGGAAUGGGCCACUUCUAUAUGGACCGCUCGCAUUGUCAAACACGUAAAUAGGCAUCCAUACCUUUUCACAUGGGAUCUGCCCUGCUUUACUUCAAUCGGCCCGAAAUAAUCGACACCAACAAAUGUGAAUGGUGGCUUGUCAGGGGUUAGCCUCUCUUCAGGUAAAUUUGCCAUAAACUGCUCUCCCGGGCGUGUGUUUCUUCGCUGACAGUCUAUACAUCUCCUUAACACUCGUCGCACUGCUGACCUUCCUUUGACCACCCAGAAUAUUUCUCUUAAAGAUGACAAAACACAUUCUUGACCCAUGUGACCCAAACUCUCAUGAUACUGCUUGAUAAUCAGAUCCGUCACAUGAUGCUUGUAGGGAAGGAUAAUAGGGUGUUUCUUCUCAUAAGGAACCGGGGCAAGUGCUAGUCGGCCACGAACCCUCAGCAAACCAUCCUCUAAGCGUGGGUUGAGCUGAUGCAACGCCGUUCCUGCCUUUCGAAGGACCCUUUUAACACAACCAUCUGCAUCGCAACUUCCUGCUGAUGAGAGAACCUCGAUGACUUGAGGGAAAGACACUUGCUGUACUUCCUUGAGGAUUUCCUUCUCAGCCUCCUGAAGCUCUGCCACCUUCAAGUAGCCAUAUUUCACGAAUGGCACUUCGCCACUCUGGACUUGGGAUUCACUCGAAACUAAAGCGCUCCUCUUACUCAGCUGAACUUUCCGUAAAAGGUACGCCUUGUACCGCAACAACCAGGCUACAGCCCUUUUCAACUUCCACCAAGACGAGUAGCGUGCUAUUAAGGGCUCCAGGUAUUUACUUUGAACAACAACGGUGUAAAUCUGAGCCUCCUUCCUGACUUCAGGGUCGUCAUCUUUCAAUGCUGGAAUUUCAACCAUCCUUGGCCAAAGGCUCUCAUUUCCCCAAAGAAACUCCGGACCUCUCAACCAACGAUCAUUUUUUAACAUGUCAUCCAAUUUAAGUCCCUUUGAGCCAUCAUCUGCAGGAUUAUUAUCUCUGUUUACAUAAUGCCACUCGGAGUGGGAAGAUCCAUUAUGUAUCACCGUCAAACGAUUGGAUUCGAACGUGUGGAAUCUUUUUGAUUCGUUGCUGAUACACUUCAACACUGACAUUGAAUCGGUCCAGUAGAACACUUUCUGGAAGUUCAUAUCCAAUUCUUCACGGAUAAUCUUAGAGAGUUUCACGGAGAUGACUGCAGCUGUCAAUUCCAACCUUGGAAUUGAAAUCUCGCGCACUGGGGCUAACCUCGCCUUUCCCAUUACGAAUGCACAAUGAAUUCGACUGUUCUCGUCCUUCACACGGAGGUAUGCAACCGAUGCGUAUCCUUGACGAGAUGCGUCUGAGAAAAGGUGUAACUGUACUUCUCUUACUUCGCCAAACUCUCUGGGUCUGAAACAACGAUCUACUUGCACUUCCUGUAACUUGGGAAGAUCAUCCAGCCAUCGCCUCCACUGGAUUUUCUCAGCCUCCCCAAUGAGAUCAUCCCAACCAACGUUCUUUCUACUAAGGGCUUGCAACAACAGUUUGGCUUUCAUGAUGUAUGGUGCAAUAAAACCCAGGGGAUCAAAAGAGAAUAAACGGCUGACACUAUUCCUCUGCGUGUCAUUGGCCGCUGAUUAGCAACUUGAAGGAUCUUCUCCAAGACCUCCCACACAAAUUUGUCUUCCUCUGUGUUCCAUUUGAGACCUAGAGCAGAUUCGGUCGGCAGUUUCUCCAAGUCCAAGUUUGCAAAUGACUUGGCCCUUUCAGAUUCUGGAAUCGCUGCUAGCACAUCUCUGUCGUUGCUAUACCACUUUGUCAAAUGGAAACCACCUCUUCUUAGUAGCUCCUGGAGUUGACUCACCAGCACAACUGCCUUCUCGGUAGUGUUUGUUGACUUCAUCAUGUCGUCCACAUACAUGUUACGCUUCACCGUUUCCACUGUCUGUUCCUCGAACCCUUCUCCAUGUAACUCGGCGGUUUUUUUUCAAACAGAAAUUAGCAAUACUCGGGGAAGAUGUGGCUCCAAAUAGGUGCUUCACCAUUCUAUAUUCUUCCAAUUCUCGAGACAAGUCUCCAUUGGGCCACCACAAAAAUCUAAGUGCAUCACAGUCCUUAGGUUCCACCAACACCUGAUGGAACAUCGCUUCAAUGUCAGCUACCACUCCAAUGGGCUCUUGUCUAAACCGACUAAGGACACCCACUAAUUGAUUUGUUUGAUCAGGUCCCUGUAAAAGUUGUUGAUUCAAUGAUGUCCCUCCGUACUUGGCAGCACAAUCAUAAACUACUCUCACUUUGCCGGGUUUUAAGGGGUGAGUAACGGGAUGAUGAGGUAGGUACCACACCGGUCUGUCCUUUAUCUCUAACUCUUCAUCGGGAACCUUUUCAGCGUGGCCACUUUCAAUGUAAUCAGCCAUUGUUGUCUUGUAUUUCUCCAACAAGGCUUCGUCUUUCAGGAGUCGUUUCUUUAGAAGCAAGCCUCUUCGCUCUGCAACUACCCUGUUGUUAGGUAAAAAUGGUGGCUCAUGUCGCCAAGGCAGGGCAACCUGAAAGUGUCCAUCUACCAUCUUAAGAGUUCUCUCCAUUAUUUCUAGGGCCCUUUUGUCUUCCAACGAUGCACAAACUCGCGUCUCGACUUCACAGUUUUCAAAAUCUGUUCUCCACAGUCGCUCCAACUGCUGACUAAGCUCAUCGUCCCGAGCUUGACGAUCAAUUUCAUCUAUCUGUAAACGAUGCUUGGGUUCACUGGCAUUACAUUCUAAUUCAAGGACACAGUUCAUGUCUGCAACAUUCUCUUCAUAGGCAUCUUCACUGUUUAGCCCUGUAGACAACACAACACUCUUCUUGUGGUCUUUGCAAAGAACAUAAUCUUCAAAAUCUAAACCACCUGCGCACACAACAGAGCUAUCUUCCAUACGUAGGUAGUUGACUGAGCGUUCGGCAGUACAGCUUUCUCCACCAACAGGACCUAUCACCGUCCAUCCUAGGCUGUACCUAAUUGCUACUGGUUCUCCUUUGCCACCAGCUCGGCAUUCUAACGGCAAGAACAAGCUCGGGUUGUCUUUAAGACCAACAAUUAACAUGACACUUGUGAUGUCCAACUGUUGUAACUCAAUAUCACGCAAAUGAGGCCAAUUUUCAAGGUCCUCCUUCUUGGCUAUACAGCUCUCAGUUAUAGGCAUACGCUUGACUGUCCUGACGCUUGAAAGUUCCACUGUCACUGAUUCAUCCAUUGACAUCACCACAAGAUCUACUUGUUGACUUUCCACUCUGGCUGAGCCCGUCAUCCCUGCUAAAGUGAAGUCCAGCCUCGUGCCGCUUGCACCCAAUGUCUCCUUCAACUUUUCAUGGCAAAGAGUCACUUCUGAGCCACUGUCCAACAACGCAUAUGUUUCAACAGGUAUCAAAUUGCUACCUUUGGCUGGGACCUUCACUGGAACAACACUAAGACAGACUCGCUCGCCGGCCCCAGUUGCAGCAGUUACGGCAGCACCUUCACUAGUUACUCCACUGGUUUCACUGUUGGUGUUCGCCCUUGUUUCUUCCUGAUUAAGCUGGCGUGGAUUAACACUUGGUGGGGUUGAAUCUGCUGGAGGGGUGUAGCAGUGUGUUGUGUUCCUUCUUACAUCCAUUCACUUGACAUUUGAACUGAGUUUUGGGGCAGUUUCUUGCAAAAUGACCGCUCUGGAGACACUUGAUACAAAGGCUUUGUUCAUGCACUACUUUCCAUCUGUCUUGAUGAGAUUGCUUCUUAAACUUAUCACACCUCCACACACCAUGCUGACCACGACAAACGGUACAAGCAGGCAUUUUUUGGUUGUGUCCCCAUCUCCCUGUCGACCUCGGACACCUCCAGAUAGUGACACAAGUCUUCGAGGAUUUCGACCUCGUUGGUCUCUCCGAUUCACAUUCUCCCUUUCCUUCGAAGGAGCAGCGUUAAGAUCCUCUCCAAACUCAUUAUUAACAAGCGCAGCUCUGUCCUUUAAGUGUUUAAGGAAGUCUGCAAACUUAGGUUUCGAUCCAAAUGAAAUAAUCCUUCCUGCACAUUCUGUCCACUUGACCCUCAUAAACAGUGGCAGCUUCUUGUUCAGUUCCCUUAACGUAUUCGUGUGAUUCAAAUCACUGACGUAUUCAGGCCCCAUGCCUGACAGUGUUCUAUUGGCAACAUCUAAAUGGCGGGCAAAUUCAAGUAAACUUGCUCCAUUCGCCUGUUUCAAGGGAGGUAGGUCUUCCAACCUCUUGAUAUGUGCUUUGGCUAUGAUGUGAGGCAGUCCAAAGUUUUCGCGUAAGGUAUUCUUUGCUACAUAAUAUCCCUCGUCUACCGGUAGAUUCACACAACUUUCAAUGGCAUCCCUUGCCUUGCCAUAACAGUGUUGGAUUAAUAGCUGUAAUCUCCUGGAGUUGUCGGGGUUAUCUUUCUCUAAGCAGGUUUCAAAAUUGUGCAUGAACGAGACAUACUUUAUGGGGUCUCCAUCGAAUCUCAUGUACUCAAUCCUUGGGGCAGAAACAACUUGACGCAGUGCUUGUACUAUCUCUGCUCUGCUAUCUGGUGUCACCGAUACUGGUUCUCGCAUAUAACAUUCUGCUGGAACUGCACCAGGGGUCUGGGACCAGGGUACCUGAGUUGGCCAUUGUGAGUACUCUUUGGUGUUAAAGUGGGUUGUUAAUGGUGUCUGUACUUGUUGUGAUAAAUUUAGCACUGAUGGAUUUACAGGCGGAUUUCUCAAUGCUUCAGUGUCCUUUGCGUUAUUCAGUUGCUCUGUAUGUUUACCUGUUCCAGCUUCAUCAACAUAAACUGUAUGCUCGGUUUCUGAGAACACUGGGUUGGGCACUGUAACGCUUGCUGACUGAAAUGUCUUACCAGCUGAAUUCAUGAUUCUCUCAUUGUCUCUUAAUGCAGGCACCUGCUCCAGAGGUGCAAGCUCUUGUACUAGUUGUUCGUGUGGCUCGAUUAGCUGCGACUGAGCCACAUUCUGUGCCUGAUACCCAUGUGGAUGUAAGGUUUCCUCAGGUAUAAACUCUGCUAAACGCUCCCUAUACUGACUCUUCCCGCAUUGAUUCUCAAACUCUUCAUACACAUUAAGACUCGCUUUAGCCCGCUCUUCCUCCAUCUUAGCCUCCAACAUGUCCUUCUCAAAUUGAAGCUCACUUAAUUUGCGUUGUAACUGUUGUUCCUGCAGCACUUGCUUGGUCUUCAGUUGGGCUAGGGCAAGUUUUUCCUUUUUCUUCGCCACUGCUAAUGAAGCUGAACUUGAGCCAGUUGACCCGCUUUUCGUACUCUUCCUUGACUUUCUUGGAUAGGAUUUCAAGUCAUUCUCUCGUUUCUUAAUACUAGAUGUGACUUGGAAUUUCCAUGUUUCAAUUUCAUUGUCAAAUGUUGCUUUCUUUGACAUCUGCUCCUUGUAGUUAGCGUCAGCCCUUUCAACGUCUUCACAACGACUAAGAACAUCAAGACAUUCAAUGUACUCUUCAUGGGUGUUCACAAAUCUCCUCCAAGCUUCUUCAUACGAAUCUCGCUUUAAUUGUAAGUCCUCCAAAGUUCCACAGUUCUCAAUUAUGCCUUGAAUGUUCCCUCGCAGUCUCGUGAGGGUUGCAACAUAACCUGCACAGGAAUAUUUCAAUGUGUUUGCCCUCUCAGCUGUUCUACUUUCAAAGUCUAUAUUAGAUGGUACUUUAACUCGGGAACUUCUUCUUAAUUGGGUUCCAAGUCUGCCCUCUGACAGAGUUUCCUGGACAUUUUGUUGUUCCAGUUUGUCAGCAACAGGCACUGAUCGAACAGACAUUUUGCUCCACUGUACUAUUGGCCACAAAACAAAUAAACUCCAAACACAAACAAGAUGGCUAUUGUCACAUACCUUAGACAUCCACUAUUUUCUCUGAUAGCAAAUAAGUAAUAUAAAAGUCUCACACAAGUCUCAAAGGUUGUACAUGUAAAACAAUUCUCGCAAAGCAACGAGCGUGAUGUACGAAAAUCGUACGCAUAAACCAAUGUUCUCCCCGAGAACAAAACGAUCCAAACGUUUCCAAACAACUGAAUGAGCAACAAAUCCACACGUGAAUAAGACCAAUCUCUGUUAGAAUAUCGUUCUCCGCGAAGAAUUGAACUAGACGUAAGCUUGAAUCAUCCGUAGACGUGGACACAAUUCCAAUGAACGCAACAAAGUUCCAAAUGCGACAAAUCACAACAAAUUCUUGUCAAAUAAAUGUUCUCCCUGAGAACAAAACGAUCCAAACGUUCCCACACACUUGAAUGAGCAACAAAUCCAGACGUAAAUAAGAACCAAUCCCUGUUAGAAUAUCGUUCUCCGCGAAGAAUUGAACUAGACGUAAGCUUGAAUAAUCCGUAGAUGUGGACAAUUCCAAUGAACGCGACAAAGUUCCAAAUGCGACAAAUCACAACAAAUUCUUGUCAAAUAAAUGUUCUCCCUGAGAACAAAUUCCAAAUGCAAAUGCGACAAAUAACAGACAAAUCCUUACUUGAUGCCGUGCUUUCCUUGAAAGCAAGUUCCAAAUCCGAUCAAUGAAACUCAAACUUGUCGAAGCUGUGUUCUCCCUGAGAACCAAAACAUCAAUCGAUUCGGCGAACAGUUCUUCAACUGUGAGUUCCACAAACUGAACCCUGGUUAAAGCACUUUAUUCCCUGAAUACUGCUUCCUGUACUUGCUCCAAAAAUGUCACUUUAAAUAUACAGUGUACGUGUCCUUGUACUUGUACUUGUACGUUGAAGAACUGUUUGCUCUUGCAGAAAAACAACAACAAAAAAAUGGCGCCUAGCUCUACCAUGUGCUCUCCGGUCACAUGACUAUCAUGUGACCGGAAGUGCGAACCAAAACGCAGAUAUGCAAAUAAAAACAAAAAAAAAGGGGGAAAAAUAAAACAAAUAGAAUAAAAUAAACUGACGACGGUCGGUAGUUACAGUCAGGAAGUUUCCAAAAUUAUUUUUCUGAUAUUUUCAAUGAAAGAUACAUGUAUAAAGUCCACAAGUAGGAUUUUGAAGGACUUUAAAUAUCUGUAAAAUAUAAUGAUUAUUUUUAUUUUCAAUCUUGUUUGGGCUGAGAAAGAACUUUUAUGUUGAGACAAUAAUGACGUAAUCUUGGGUUUGGUCAGUGAUGAAAGAGUUCCAGCCAGGCCAGUAGAUCCUGUCUAAGCAAUACAUAGCUUAUGGAAAAAUAAAGUAUUGAUACAUUUAGAAGUAUUAAAUGAAUGAUCUUGUUGUUUGUUUUUGUUAGCUGACCUGGAUUCUGACAAGUCAGGGUAAGUACUAACCAGUAACACAAAAACCUGAUUGAUUUCUUAAUUCAUCAGAAAAAUCCUUAUUGCCGGUUAUAUGCUUUUUAAGUCAGCUACCCUGUUUUCAAGGAUGUUGAUUUAUAAGCCUGCUAGAAGGUUUUCACUAUUAGUGGUUCGGUCCAGGGGCAUAAAUUCAGGGAAAAUGAAAGAAGGGUGUAUGAACGGGUAAAAGACACGAGAGCAAGAUAUUGCCUAUCGGGGGUAGGCACGUUGAAUCUGACACUCACCCACAUGCUUAUCUGUUUGAGAAUCCUAUAGAGCGAUUUUCCAUGUCUUUGAAAAAUGGUUUCAGUAAGUCUUCGUUAUUUGUUUUAUCAGCCAAUGGAUGAAAAGAACAAAACAUGGACUCUUCGUUUUCCCGCCAAAGAAAACCCUAAUAUGGAGAAGGCAUUGUUCGAUUGACCAAUCGUGUUGCAGUAUGACGUCAGAGCGAUUUCUAGAAAGUUCUUCGGGCAUGAAGUUUUUCCAGCCGAGCGUUCACUUAACCAACCAAAAACCAGGUGCCUUUGUAUCCGUUCGAUAAACCAAUCAAAUGGCUGUAUUUCCGUUCUUUUGUUGUUUCUGUUUUGUUCGCGCGUUUUCAUUUCAAGGUCAUAUGAAAAUCGCUCUGUUAGUCCAUGAGGCAAAACGUUCCUACACUGAAACUCUGAAGACACAAUUAUAUUUUGAUUACAGUCGCUUCACUCGUGAUUUUUUGAUCGCAUCAAAAGUUUGCGAGACGAAAUUUAAAGAUUUCUUCCAUCCUUGCACUGUUAUUCAGAACCAGGAGUCAACAUGUCAGGGGCCCGUUUCUGCAAAGUCCCGAUAACUUUUCGGGCCCGAAAUCAAAUAUUCAAAUCGAAAUAUAAAGAAUAAGAGCGCGGGUCCUGGCCAGCAAAAUACUCCAUUUUGUUUCAAUAACUGAUAGUUUUGUCAUGUUAGAUGCAAAACUAUUGAAACUUCUAUCUUGCAUGUAAACAACAACAGCUUUACGGGCCCGUUAAUUAUCGGGACUUUCGAGAAACGCGCUCACAGUGAAUGAAAUUGACUGCACCAUUGCUCUUUCAGUCUGUCACUUCUGGUAGGCUACGAGGAGUUAAAAUACAUUGUAUUCUUGUGUGAAUAAAGCAUGUAGAAUUUGACAGGGAGCCAUGUGGGAUCCUGUUACACGCAGUCUUUCAAUUACAAUCAGAGUAACAAGCUCUUGAUUGUAACUUACAACGACACGUAGGAUAAGAAGUUCAAAUCCAAGUAAAUCACAUGGGUAGAGUGGUGCGUAAAGACGAACUCGACGAGAAGUUCUGAUUACGAUAUAUGCAACUUUGAUUGAUAAAGUUCAAUGUUUCAUACAAGUUCAAUUGAGCCGAGAUUGAGUGCGAAAGAUGAAAGGUUAUUUGUGGGCUUAUGGUAUUCGACGAAACGAAACGAAACGAAACGAGUACUGUAACUUGUGAAAUCACAGGUGUCCCAAGCUCACGUUACGAGUUUUUUAUGUAAAUUAACUUUCUCACAAGAGAGUCGGUGUCGCGUUACAAACAACCGUUGACACUUUGAAUGAGAAAUACAGUACUGAGAUCUCCGAACGCUAAAUAUCAUUAUUCUUACUUAUUUUUCUAUAAAAUAAAUAAAGGACACUUACUUUUGAUGUAUUCCUGUGUUUUUUUUGUUUGAAAUCAGCGAUUUGGUCGUUUUUUUGGCUGUUAUUGUUUGACCCCUGUCACUCUCUUCAUAAUACGAAGUAAAGGCAGCACCGAAAAACAGCCGGCGGUCCGGACCUUGUCUAUUCAAAGGUGGGUGCGGCCCGAAAACCCAUCGAAUCGCAGAUUUUUUCGAUCAGAGGCAAACUUCUAUCAUCGCUACACCGCAGAAAACGUUUAAAAGCGACGCAUGUCGCUGGAACAUUUCCUCGAGCCAUGUCCAAAACACCAUCUGUCUCCGGACACUGUGAUACGGCAACCAGACUAGCGUAGUUACUAAAACAAGGAAUGACCUACAAUGACCCACAAUGAUCUACAAUGAUCUACGAUGACCUACAAUGACCGAACGAGGGCACCUGAAAAUACGCUUAAGAUCCCUGUAAUAAGCUAAAAUGAAGAUUUUAGAAAAAGACAAAAAAAAAAAGAUCAGGGGACAUGUGUGCAUAAACGUAACGCGUUUAGUCUACUGCAUGACAGCCCAAAUGACGACAGCAUCUCUAAUUAUUACGCUUGGAGAUAAAUUUACAGUGUAAUAAUACAUGUAUGAUGAUAAUGAAAAAAAAAAAAUCGCAAAAAAACCUUUGGACUAUUUUCCCGUGUUACAAACUAAUCCAACAAAAAUGGUUCCAGUCAUCCCGUGAGAUAAAAAUGGACCUGCGCCUUCGUGAAUCCAGUGUAUUGUCACAGUACUGUGACUUUUGUCCAAACCAUCCCUUGCAACCUUUCCCGUUAGUUGUGUUUUGCGUUGUCUUUUUUUCAAACAAAUUAAACAAACACAGUCACCCCAACAGUCGAUCCGGGGGGGAUCUUCAAGGGACUUUCGGGUAUAGAUGAACAAACGAGGCCUUCAAAUAUCUGACCCUGUUUAAGAGAAAAAUUGUUUAUUUAAGUACCCUGGCCUGUAUAAGACAUCAUGAGACCCUUUAAGUGGCUUCCGGUCUAACAAGAUGCUCUGUUUGUAACGCUAAAUAGUAGAAUCCAUGUCCUGCUCAGCGGCCCAUACCCAUCUAGGCCAACUAAGGGAGUGCCUGGAUGACUUCCGUCAAUACAGGGUAUAAUAGUGUUACCGGUAAGAACUCGAUUGCAAUAAUUUAGUUUCAAGUUUCUCAAGUUACCUGAGAUCAGGCUUUAUUUUUGUUUUGCCUUUUCAAAAUGUGCUUGGCAAUAAAAUACCAUGAGCCUAGUGUCACGUCCAAGCGUGACACACGGCAAACAUCAUUGUCUGUCAUUUUGUAGCUCAUUGUAGGGCUUAUUUUAACUCAUUUUAGCUCGUAUCAGCUCAUUGUAGAUCAUUGCAGGUCAUUCAGUAGAUCAUGGUAGGUCAUUCCUUGUUUUAUUAACUACGACUACUACGGCGUUGGUCCGAGGUCAAAUUUCCCUCGACCGAGGGUGGCUCAGUCAUAUUAACUGAAAUUUAAUGUGAAGAUUUUAGUUCGUUUUCACGCGAGAAUGAUCAUUCUUUAGGUUUACAAUUUUAACGGGUAAAACUGUUAUUGAUAUCCAAACUACAACAACAACAGAAAACGUUUGUUGCGGGUUUUCUUUGUUGACUGAGCCACCCUCGGUCGAGGGAAAUUUGACCUCGGACCAACGCCGUGUCCAGUUGCAUGCCGUAUCACAGUGUCUGGAGAAAGAAGGUACCGUAAAUCCUCUAUUACAAAUUACAAUAUUCAUGGUACAGUCUGUUUUCUUUUUAACAAUACCGAUUCACAUAUCAGCAGGCUAGCUGCUAAUUUCAUCUUUCAAGCAUUUGAAAGACGAAAGAAACAUAGUUAAUUCUACCAUUCCAUUAUAUCUUCAUUUCCUUAAACUUAGCUGUUUAUUGUUAUUUUGAUCGGUAACACCUGUACAAAAUGGUAACACUGAAUAAACUUGUUGUUGUUGUUGCUAUUAAGCCCCCAGGGGGCUUAUUUAUUUCAAGCCCAUUUCAGGGGGGGGGCUUAUUUGAGAGGGGGGCUUAUUUAAUUUAAAAACGACAAUGGUAUCAGUUCUCCGUAAAGAACUAGAAUACAAAGUUGUAAAGCUCAAGUACAAGACGUUUUAGGUCAUGCUGCCGAGGACUAGGAUCAAAUCCGAUCUUCUAUUUGGUAAAUAAACCAUCCCGGAUCAGUGCACACGAAGUUUUACAGUCGUGAUUAAUUAAUACCGUCUAUCAUUUAUUAGUGAAGAAUAAGUAGGGGAGGGGAGGGGGGCUUAAUAGAGAGGGGAGCUUAUUAACUUUCCUCCCCUGAAAAGGGGGGCUUAUCAGAGGGAGGAGAGGGGGCUUAUUUGAGACGGGGGGUUAAUAGAAGAUUUACGGUAUUUCGGACAUGUCUCGAGGAAAUGUUCAUUUCGAGCAACAUGCGAGGGGAUAUUUCGCUUUUAAACGUUUACUGCGGUGUAGCGAGGAUAGAAGUUUGCCUCUGGUCGAAAAAAUCUGCGAUUCGAUGGGUUUUCGGGCCGCACCCGCCUUUGAAUAGACAAGGUCCGGACCGCCGGCUGUUUUUCUGUGCUGCCUUUACUUCGUAUUAUGAAGAGAGUGACAGGGAUCAAACAAUAACAGCCAAAAAAACGACCAAAUCGCUGAUUUCAAACCAAAAAACACAGGAAUACAUCAAAAGUAAGUGUCCUUUAUUUAUUUUAUAGAAAAAUAAGUAAGAAUAAUGAUAAUUAGCGUUCGGAGAUCUCAGUACUGUAUUUCUCAUUCAAAGUGUCAACGGUUGUUUGUAACGCGACACCGACUCUCUUGUGAGAAAGUUAAUUUACACAACAAACUCGUAACGUCAAAGGUGAGCUUGGGACACCUGUGAUUUCACAAGUUACAGUACUCGUUCCGUUUCGUUUCGUCGAAUACUAAUUGUUUCGUUUCGUUUCGUCGAAUACCAUAAGCCUUAUUUGUGAACCACGUGGCCUGAAAUACAACAGAGAAAAUUAAAUCUAACAGAACUAAUAAAUCUAGGAUAGGCUGAUGUGUAUGAGAAAAUUAAAGCUAACGUUCGCAAUAAUGGUAGCAACUCUGAAAUGCCAUAAUUGCUUAUUUAUGCAUAUCACACGGAAGGCUAAACAAGAUGAUCAAGCUAUACGAUGAGUACGACUAUACUACGACAGCUUACGACGGUGGCUAAUAGUGAAUAUAAACUAUAUUAAAGAAAGAAACCUGACUUAGUAGCUCCAAAAUGUAACAACGUUCCGAGAAUAGUCGACUUGGUAACAAUAAAGGAGCAAUUAAACAGGCAUUAAACUUCGCCGGAAUUUCAUCCGGUUACUUCGAGUCGUUGUUACUCCCUCAGUAACUGAGGGAGAAAUAACGACUCGAAGUAAUCGGACAAAAUUCAGGCUACCAUUAAACUUAACUUGACCAAAAACAGUGAAAAAGAAGAUCUAAAAGCUUAAGCCCUAAAAACAACGAAUUAAUUACUAACUUUGGGUUGCACACGCGGUAAACUUGACUUGAUUUGGGCCAUAGGUUCUAUCUACACUGGUAAGUAGAAGUUGUCAGAUCGAAGUCUACACUAAUACCGAUAGCUGUGAAAACCUUAUCGAUAUGCUUAACAAAAAGACACGCAGGCAAAACUUAGCGAUGAUGACAAUUUGCCUAACAGAAAUUGCAGCCAAGGGCUGGUCCGGUGUUACCACAAUGUAAAAUUGACAAAUUGAUAAUAGCGGAGCUCCACCCGCGCGCGAAGCGCGCGCGUGGGCGGAGCCCCAUAGCUAAGGAAAUGUGGUAAUCUACCCAUCCCAGAAAAUUUGGUAAUCACGUGACCGUACGACCGUCCGUCCGCACCACAGGGAUACCAAUGUAAAAUAACUCAAUCAAAAGGUAUGCGAGCCCAAAUGCAACUCAAGGUUUUAUUUGUAAGGAAAUCACAUGGCCGAACGGACUUUUAGAAAGAAAAAAGUCGUGUCUUUUUCGGCGUUAUUUUUUAUGUGUACACUAACGUGGAUAACAGAGAAAAAACUAGAGCGAGUUAUUGAAAAUUCGUUGGAAGAAAAACAUGAAAAUUCAAAGCGGCGGUGAGAAAAUGAGAAAUGCUAGCGGCCAGUAAGGUGAAAAUGAGCGGCAGUGAAAAAUAAAAGCGAACAUGAACACUGGAAACAAAAUAUUGGGUAGGCACAUAAAAUAGUGUGUAACUAGGAAGUUUGACGUUUUACUCGUGCAAAACAGUGUUGUAGUCGUGCAAAACAACGGCAAGGGAAAGACAGAAAAGCGUGCUGCACGUGCAAAUUUGCUUUUUGCUAAUUAGAAGAAAAAGUGUGUUUUUUUGCUAAUUAGAUCUAUUACUCUUGAAGCCAUUUUCAUUGUCGUCCCCCUUUUAGCGUUACACGAUUUAAUUUUUUUUGUUUACACGUAUUAUUAACCAGAGCUUCGCUUUUAGCCCUGGCUAAAUCUAUAUAUUAUCUACGGUAUAGUAAGUUCCAGCGAUAAGAACUAAUCUAAACGCCACUUUUCAAACCCAAAAUUGAUUGGCUGCCCACCUAAGAGGGGGUACUCAAGAAUGUUUAAAAACGGGAGGGUUCCGCCCUGAAGUCCAACCCCUUACCUUUUAUAAACCACUUUAGACAGAAAAGUUACCCCAGGUUUCAUAUUCCUUCUAUGGGCAAAUGGUACCCCUUUCACAAUUUUAUCUAGUUUAGAUCUUUCCAUAAAAUGAACUGUCUUUGAAAUAUGAAUAAAUCACAAAACCAGAAUGUUUUCUUGGGGCGUAUGGAAAAGCCGGAAUCCGGAAUCCGGAACCGGAGCCGGAAACGGAACCGGAACCGGGACCGGAACUUAAAUUGAGACCGGGGUAAACCAGGAAGCACUGAAACCAGUUCCCGAUACCCGUGUGGAAAUAAAAUUCAAGAUGGCGUCCUCUGUUAUCAUUUUUUUGAGAAAUUUUCAGCACAAUGAUCGUGAUACCAAAGAUAUAAUCACAUUCGGAAAGUGACUUCCAACCAAAAAGAACAUAACCACUCAAAUUCAAAGAAUCAGCCCAUGCUGUUCCGCCGCAGACUCGAGCAUAAAUUCAAGCACAACAACUUCACAUUUUCACACGUACUCACAUUUCAAUCGAUUCGUCGCUUUGUCGCGAUCUGUAAACGAAAACAGAUCCGUUUUUGUAAAAUGGUAAAAUUUUUUCAAACUCAGUAAAACGGAAAAGAAUGAAAACUUUUAGAUUCUUACUCGUACCUUUUCUUACAGCAGUUACCACUAACACGCGCCCUCGAAGGGUUUUUUCUCUCUCUAAGUUUUCAUGGACGUCAAUCAGCUGUUUCCAUGGUUUUCUCACGUGCUCUGACUGAGAAGGUUCCCUCAUCCCUGAAUGAAGGGAGAAGACUUACAAGAAUAAUAGGGAACUUAAGAUGGAGACGUUUUCGGGGCGACGGCGACCGGACUGGCAGAGAAAGCCUGGAACUAAGGCAGCCGUCGCUCCCCGUCAAAAGUAGAACAUUAAGAUCGCAGUGAACUCAGAAGGACGGCGCCUUUAAUUAGAAGAAUACCGAAGAGGAAAAUAUGGCCUCACAUAAAGAAUUAAGGGAAUAAAUAUUUGCUAUGCAGACAACAUGUAUCGGAUGAAGAGUUUCUCGUUUUGUGGGAAAAUUAUGAGUCCAAAAAUCCCGAUUUUCCUCGGGACAGUUACGAUCCGUUCACGCUAAAAAACAUGCGGGAUGCAGCUAAGUUCAAGGCAGAAUUUCGUGUUGAAAAAAAAUGAUCUCCACAGGCUUGCCGAAGCCUUGCAAAUUACAGGAAAAUUAAAAUGCUACCAAGGAACCGUAUUCUUAGUUUGGUAUUGAAAUAAUUCCCGGGAAAUACUUGCAUGCAACAACAACGUCAACGGCAACAACUUUAUUUCAGUAUUCCCACGUUAGUACAUGGUAUUACCUACUAUUCCAUAUAAUUUUCAAUGCGUUUCAUUUAUACGAUAUUCUAACGAAAGAGCGAACUACAAACACACAAUUGAAAUAUCGGAGUUCAUAUUUUUUGUCUGGAUACUUUUAUUUGGCUCGUGGGAAAAUUUUGUCCCAUGUCAAGCUCACUUACGGUUGGCUGUUUGCCAAGUUGGAUCUUGAGAUGUAAGUUUAGAUAACAGAGCUUGGAAAUCGAGCUUGAAAUGUGCCUCAAAGAAAACAAGGACAAUUUAAGAACGAUAAUCUGCAAAAUGUUGGUUGCUAAACGUAACAAACCUGAUUGAAAUGAAAGUUAAAUACUCACGUUUUCGCCACAACGCCAAACAGACCAGUUUCACGUCGCCGACGGGACCACGACGGCAAGGUGGUGAGCACGAGCAUGCGCAAUAUCCAACAAAUGAUGACGUCCGGUUGAAGUUGCCGUCGCCCCGAAAACGUCUCUAUCUUAAGUUCCCUAAUUUCGAAUGACGACGACGUUUAUAAUUAUUUCAAUAAGAUGAAAGAUUACAUUGUUUAAACAAAGAGGUCUCUGCGAGCUGAGUGAAAUAGCCGAAACACUCUCUAUAGUUUACGUAAAGGUUUCCAGGUUGUUUAUUUUUUAUUUGAUAGUACAGGCACGGGAGCCGUGGACGAAUUGCCAAGGUCUUUAGGAGUAUAAAUUCAACGAAACGAAAGAUAUCACACCGACAAGGGAAAAGGUUUCCUCUGUGUGGAGGCUGUUUUCGAAAUGAAUUUUGUAACCUGCAGAUCUACUUAUCAUUCUUCAUGUUAUCGAACAGAAUCCAGAACUAACAAGAACUUAGACGAGUUGCGAGUGUGUAAAUAGGUCGAUAAUUUGAGUUUUCUCCCACAUACUCUCGACAAAUUCGUGCUCCUCGUAAUCUUGACAUGAAGCGGUGUCAGAUCCUGUAGCAAAAUAUUGCAAAAACGUCUUAAACAACGGCAUGUUCUUCCGAGUGCUCGAGAAACGGCAUCCUCGGAGACCCAGGGGCAGAUAAAGGGGGCGAGGGAAAGUCUAAACGGGUAGAAAAAUAUAUAUGGAACGAAGAAAAGUUAAGAACGGCGAGAAGAGCUCCUGGGGACAAUGUCUUACCAGACCAGUUCCAAACGGUCGCCGCCGUUCUGGCCUCUGAUUGGUGCCAGAAAAACACAAGUUUUCUGGCACCAAUCAGAAGCCAGAACGGCGGCGACCGUUUGGAACUGGUCUGGUAAGACAUUGUCCCCAGGGGCUCUUCUCGCCGUUCUUUACUUUUCUUCGUGCCAUAUUUUUCCGCCUGUUUAGACUUUCCCUCGUCCCCACUAUCUCCCCCUGGGUCUCCGAGGAUGGAGAAACGGGGAAAGAAUCUUGCUAGGCCAACGCGUGAAAAACCAUGGUAACGGUUGAUUGACGUCAACCAAAACGCAGUUGUGAAUCGGAGAAAAAACUCCUCGAGGGCGCGUGUUAGUGGUAACCCCUGUAAAAGGGCUCCGUGUUUCAUCCAUUGUGAGGGAAAGGCCGCAAAGGGAGGAGGAGUACUCAUGUCAAUCAUGAUCCCAAGUUGCAACGCUCACGCGUGUAUGAAAUUCUCGAAGAAAAAUUUUGCGCCGUAGGCAAAAAAUGCGACAGUAAAAAAUAUAAUAACAAUAAAUAAAUAUAAUGUGGUGAUGAAAAGUCUUGAUCGAGCAAUUAUUGUUAGUGAUACUCUCAAGAUUAUUUCUUAGGUUCGGGUUCCGGUUCCGUUUCCGUAUCCGGCUCCGGUUCCGGAUUCCAGAUUCCGGCUUUUCCAUACGCCCGUUUUCUUGACUUUGUCGCAGCCUUGAAAUGCGUGUGUUAGUUUUCCUACUCUUUUCAAAUACGUCAACUCAGAAAAUCACUAUAUUCUUGCAUAUACCUAAAGCCUGGAAAAGGUACCCCUUCAUAGCGAGUACUCUUUAACCCUCCUCCCCCAGGAUUUAUAUAGCCCUGAUUUAGCUUGUAGUCACACUCAUGAUUUUAAAGUUGGACUCUCACUGCUCAGGUAUUACAUACGGGGUAAUUAUCACUUGUAUGAUUACAGACCUUUAAUGAAAAUUAUUCCUCUCAGUCCUGUAACUAUCAAUAAUAAUUUGCGGUUAUGCCUGUACACACAGGUCGAUUGAAUUUGAUGAGUUCUUGGAGUUUGUGAUUGCAAGACAAGAGGAUGGAAGAGAUGUCCACAAUGAAAUUAUUCAGGUGUUUUGCCAUUACCUUGAUGUACCUUUUUGUCAUACUUAUAAUGUACUCACUAUAUAGUUAAGAUAGUUUUACAAUAUUGUACAUUCCUAGCUUUUGUUUUAACAUAGUAUUAAUUCAAUGGAACGUUAUCUUACCCACAGGGUUUCAAGAUGUUUGACACAGGUAAGCAAAAAAAAUUUGUAGUAUUUUCUAGGACAACUUUAGCAAAACCUUAAUGGUUGAUGACCGCACUGCAUAUUAUGGCUGUUAAGGGUGAAGAGAAAUCACUUUGAUGCCCCUGUGUCAUAAUUUCAGUGAAAUGUAAGAAUUUGCCUGUAAUGGAUUGGACCAGACUUGAUCAACUCUUGUAUUACUUAAGCUCUAACCUUUUAUCAUUUAGCGAGUUACAAAGGUUGGUCCCAUCCAGUCUGACCCAGGUUUUGUUGAUGCCUAAAUUUUUAGCUGUUCUGAGUGUCUGAAUCUUUGUUUCUUUGAACUUUGUGUGUUUUUGUCUGUUCUGCAAGGACCACUAAGUGGGGUAGAGAAUGGCUCCUUGAAAAAAGUGGUCUUGGAAAAUUUUGGCCCGAUAUUUUUCGGUGGAUCCUGAAGUCUCGAUUUUGGGUGAUUUUGCGUGUCGGAGCCUCGAAUUGUCUUAAGUCUCGGUCUCGAAUUUUGAAACCUGGGUCUUGCAGUCUCGCAAAGUCUCAAAUUUACCAUUCUAAUACCCCUAAUAAGGUGAAAGGUACAUUUACUAUAGUCGAAAAGUGAUUAGCAACCAAUAAGAUUUUGGCAGGUAGAAUUUUCAUUUUAAUAAGGCUGCUGCCUUAAGAAAUUGACAACUAAAAAAUAUGGUCAGUCGAAAACAGUACAACAUUCAAAGUGUAUCUAUUUCACCAGCGAUGACUUUGUUUCACUGGCCUUAAAGUAGAGUACAAAAAACGAAUAAUUAGUUUAAUAUUUUGUGGGUUUGCAGAUUAAAUGGGAAAAAAAAAUUGUUUGACUACACGUGUUCAUUUUAAGUUAAAAUAAAUGUACAUAUAUGCAUCAUUGUGGUCUAAGAAGUUCCAAAACACCCAGUGGGUUAUUAUUUUUAAGCUUACAAACCAAGUUAAUAUCGUAAACCAUAGGUAGCCCAAGUCCAACAUUCGAGCAUCAGCUCUGUUGCAUAUAACCUUCAAAAUAUAAGGAUUUUGUAGAGAGGAAAACGGUAAUUACUGUAAUCUUUUGAUACCUACAAAUAUGAAAGAGAUGAAAAUAAAAAAAGGCAUACCUUUCAGGGGCGGAUCCAGGAUUUUUUUUAGGAGGGGGUGCACUCGUCUCUGGAUCAGCUCUACUUCAACACCAAUAAACCACAUAGUUUUUUUUUUGGCAGAAUACCAGUUGUAUUAGAAAACCGCAGGUCAUCUCAGGGGGGGGUGCGCUCCCCCUGCACCCUCCCCCUAGAUCCGCCCCUGCCUUUUUAACAUAUUUAACUGCCGCCUGGUUUGCUCAGAUGGAAGGGUGCCGGUCUGCGGAGCGGGAGGUCGCGGGUUCAGACCCGGCCAGACCAACACUCGGGGUCUUUAAAUAACUGAGAAGAAAGUACUGCCUUUGUAAUGACAUCUGCAAACGGUUAGACUUUCUAGUCUUCUCAGAUACGGACGAAAAACCGCAGGUCCCAUCUUACAUCACUUUCACUUAUCUAGUUCUUGUGGGAUGUAAAAGAACACACACUUUGUUCGAACAGAGUAAGGGGCGUAGACCUCGGUGGUGUGGCUACCCUUUCCUAGGGUGUGUUAUAUGUAAGGAGAGGUCUUAAUACGGGGAUAAUCUCAUUAUCCUCCUUCAGGUGUGGUUACGGCUACCCUUAAACAGGGUACCCUACUUGAACCUUUAACCCAAUAGUGACCAGCGUCGAAUUUCCCCUAUCAACAAUAUCACCUAAUCAAACAUACUACGGGGGGGGGAGGUAAUCAAAGUUUUAUAUGGGAAGUCUCCACCUCGAGGUCCAACCCCUUACCCUUUAAUAUAUACCAUUUUUCAUGAAAAAGGAACCCCUUUGCAUUGGUAUACUGCCUAGAUAGAUGGCACCCUUUUCACAUACCUAGCUUACAACUUUGAACUUUCCAGACCUUUUAACAGCUAGAAAUACACUAUCUUUUAAAAACGACUCAAUCAAAAACUGAGCACUCUUAUUCUUAAUUAUAUUUAUUUGUUUUCGUUUUGAGCAACGUGAAACAGGAUCUAAAAAUUAGGUUAAACUAUAUACGAAACAAAUUUGAUCAUCAACUUCUUCUUCCUUAUUGGGCUAACCCCAGAAACAUUUUAUACCAUGUUUUCCCCCUUGCAGACAAGACUGGAAAAAUCUCCCUAACUAAUCUGAAACAAGUGACUCGACUUUGCGGAGUGAAGCUGAAUGAACAAGAAUUGAAAGAAAUGAUCCAAGAAGCUGAUAAAGAUGGCGAUAAUGAAGUGAACCAGGAGGAAUUUGUUAAUAUAAUGUUAAAAACAAACUUGUUCAGUAGCUAG